AGCCAAAUGUUCUACCCAACAGGACCUGAUUAUGGUGGCCAAGGGGCUGGACCUGGGCAGUCUCACCCAAGGCACACUUCUCAGGGGUCAGGAGAGUUUCAGCUCUGUGUUUACACAUGAUUCUAGGCUGAGGGGGAGAGAAAAAGCAGGGUACAGGGGGUGGCAGAUUAGGCAAGGGAAUGUGUCCCGUUAGCUCAUAGUGGAAGUGGGCUCUAGAGUGCCUUGCCCAUGCCCUCUUCAUGCUCUAGAGAGGUGGGCAAAGGACAAAGUAUGCGACUACCCAGGAGAACCAGCCUCCAGAUUGAGACUGGAGAUGAAGGCCACUCAGUCCCCUCCAUUGCAAAAAGAAUAAAAGAAAGGAGUAGGAUUGGCCGGUGCUUGCAAAUAAACAGGAGGGGGCAGUAUUGGGGCAAUGACCUCCAUCGGGGAAGGUCAGGAAGGGACCUGUCUUUUACUGAGCACCCAGGAGAUGCACCUGCACAAUUUCAUUCAUUCUCACAACCACUUGUGAGGUAGGCACUAUCUCCAUGGCUCCAUUUGGCAAAUGAAAAAGACGAAGGUCUGAGAGGUCAAGUUACACUGCUGGGAAGAGGUUGACCUGGAGUGGAAACCCAGGACUGCCUGUCUGACAGCUGAAGGUGCUUUGUGUUCCUUACCUGCCUUCCCAAGGCUCCAGACCAUCCCUCCUGCACAUCCGCCUCUCCCAGGCCAUGCAUCUAUGUCCCCAGCCCCCUCCAACAGCUCCAUCUCCCUAGAGCUCCUUGCAUCUCCUCAUUCACUCCUCACUCUUGCUUCCUCUUUGGAAUCCAGCCACAGGCUUUUUUCUUCCAUCUGAGGGAGAGAAAAUGGUCUCGUUCCCCACCCCCAGGUCUUUCCAUCCUCUCAUCCAUCCAAACCUAAGCGUGUCUCUCUCUCCUCCCCUCCCCCUCUCUCUUUCUUUUUCUUUCUGUUUAUCCAUCACUAGAAUCCACCCCCCUUCCCUCUUGCCUGUAGGUUCUGUGGCUAUAAUCAAAUCAUAACUUUUAUUAAAUUUAAGAUUACUUUUUAAUGGAAUCAAUUUCUUGUGUGGUGCUUCUCUGCCUGCCCGCGGGCUCUGCCGGCUCUGCGCUCAGCAUCCCCACCCGCACAAUUGUCUCUGCCGCUGGCGUUUCUGGCUAAGCUGCCUCUGAAGGAGGGGCAGGUCUGCCAUCCCUAAACACACACAGAGAAACACACACACGCACACUCCUGCACACACACCAAGAUGCACCUUCCUGCAAGGCCCAGACACAGCCGCCAAGCCCCAGGUGCCCAUGCUGAGCGGCGGAGAGUGGGAGAGGGGCAGGGGCAGGAGGAGAGAGCUGCAGAGAGAAAGACUGAGGGUGCAAAACAAACACGGAGCCGAGCAGACAUUUCUCAGCCUGUUAAUUUCCUACAGUUCUGUUUUCCAGCCUCAGAAACAAGCUGGUUUCUGCCAGUCCACCCCCUUCCCUCUGACUGCAUUGUGCAGCUGGUAAGCAGAGAGAAGUUGCAGGGAGGAGGGGGUUUCAGAGGGAAGGGAAGAGAUUCAGGUUUUCAUAUGAUUUAUCGAAGUACAGGCAAGAUGCAGAGAUGCUUCUGAAGCUGUGACCCCCAAAAGAAGCCCAACUGGGAGAUUUGCAGGCUGGACCAGUCUAACCCUACAGGUCUGGGUUUCAGCACGAAGGGAACCUGGGGGUGCUGCAGGGAAUGCUUUGCAGCAAAAUUUGCUUUGCUAUUGAAUUCAGCACCUUACCUCCUGCCCUGAUGAUGAUGAGGCGACAUACUCCAGACUUCUCAGAAUCCUGCUUCUGAAAGAGACACUAGUGAGAACAAGGACGUCAUGAGGGACUUGCUUCUCUUACACCUCCUGGAAGGUUCCAAGGCUCAGCAGGCAGGAUCUGGAGGCACGGGAGGAUGCUGGCUAUGCCAGCCUUGAGCUACCUGGAGACUCCACUCUCUUAUCACCCACCCUGGAAACAGAGGAGACCAGUGAUGACCUCAUUUCACCCUAUGCCAGCUUUUCCUUCACGGCAGACCGCCCCACGCCCCUGCUCAGUGGCUGGCUAGACAAGCUCUCCCCUCAGGGAAACUAUGUCUUCCAGAGACGCUUUGUGCAGUUCAACGGGAGGAGUCUGAUGUACUUUGGCAGUGACAAGGACCCCUUCCCUAAGGGUGUGAUACCUUUGACUGCCAUUGAGAUGACCCGCAGCAGCAAGGACAACAAGUUCCAGGUCAUCACCGGCCAGAGGGUGUUCGUGUUCCGCACAGAGAGUGAGGCUCAGCGGGACACGUGGUGCUCCACACUGCAGUCCUGUCUGAAGGAGCAGCGUCUCCUGGGCCACCCCAGGCCCCCCCAGCCACCCCGACCCCUCCGUACGGGCAUGCUGGAGCUGCGUGGACACAAGGCCAAGGUGUUUGCUGCCUUGAGCCCUGGAGAGCUGGCACUGUACAAGAGUGAGCAGGUCUUCUCUCUGGGCAUCGGGAUCUGCUUCAUCGAACUGCAGGGCUGCAGCGUCCGAGAGACCAAGAGUCGAAGCUUCGACCUGCUCACACCCCAUCGCUGCUUCAGCUUCACAGCCGAGUCUGGGGGUGCUCGGCAGAGCUGGGCGGCCGCUCUGCAGGAAGCAGUAACCGAGACCCUGUCUGACUACGAGGUGGCUGAGAAGAUCUGGUCUAAUCGGGCCAACCGGCAUUGUGCAGACUGUGGGUCCUCCCGCCCAGACUGGGCCGCUGUCAAUUUGGGGGUGGUCAUCUGCAAGCAGUGUGCAGGUCAGCACCGGGCCCUGGGUUCUGGGAUCUCCAAGGUGCAGAGCCUGAAGCUGGACACGAGUGUCUGGAGUAAUGAGAUAGUGCAGUUGUUCAUUGUCCUGGGAAAUGAUCGUGCCAACCGCUUCUGGGCAGGGACCCUACCCCCAGGUGAGGGACUGCAUCCAGAUGCGACCCCUGGCCUCCGGGGUGAGUUCAUCUCCCGAAAGUACCGGCUGGGUCUCUUCCGGAAGCCCCACCCUCAGUACCCAGAUCAUAGCCAGCUUCUCCAGGCACUGUGUGCAGCUGUGGCAGGACCCAACCUGCUGAAGAACAUGACCCAGCUCCUCUGUGUUGAAGCCUUCGAGGGCGAGGAGCCCUGGUCUCCGCCAGCCCUUGAUGGCAGCUGCCCUGGCCUCGUGCCCCCAGACCCCUCCCCUGGUGUGUACAAUGAGGUGGUGGUGCCUGCUACUUACAGCGGCUUCCUGUACUGUGGUCCCGUCACCAACAAAGCUGGACCCUCACCCCCUCGCAGGGGCCGGGAUGCUCCCCCCCGCCUAUGGUGUGUGCUGAGAGCAGCUCUGGAAAUGUUUGCAUCAGAAAACAGCCCUGAACCCCUCAGCCUCAUACAGCCCCAGGAUAUUGUAUGUCUGGGUGUGAGCCCCCCACCCACUGACCCAGGUGACCUUGACAGGUUCCCCUUUUCCUUUGAGCUCAUCCUCACUGGGGGGAGGAUCCAGCAUUUUGGCACAGAUGGAGCUGACAGUCUGGAGGCCUGGACUAGUGCUGUGGGCAAGUGGUUCUCCCCGCUGAGCUGCCACCAGCUGCUGGGUCCUGGGUUGCUGCGGCUGGGCCGCCUAUGGCUGCGGUCCCCCUCCCAUACAGCCCCAGCCCCUGGUGUCUGGCUGUCAGGGUUCGGCCUCCUUCGUGGUGACCACCUCUUCCUGUGCUCAGCGCCGGGCCCCGGCCCCCCAGCCCCUGAGGACAUGGUGCAUCUGCGGAGGCUACAGGAGAUCAGUGUGGUUUCUGCAGCUGACACCCCAGACAAGAAAGAGUAUUUGGUCCUGGUGGAGACAGGAAGGACCCUGUAUCUGCAAGGAGAGGGCCGACUGGACUUCAUGGCAUGGAACACAGCCAUUGGGGGUGCGGCUGGUGGGGGCGGCACAGGGCUGCAGGAGCAGCAGAUGAGCCGGGGUGACAUCCCCAUCAUUGUGGAUGCCUGCAUCAGCUUUGUUACCCAGCAUGGGCUCCGGCUGGAAGGUGUAUACCGGAAAGGGGGCGCUCGUGCCCGCAGCCUGAAACUCCUGGCUGAGUUCCGUCGGGAUGCCCGGUCAGUGAAGCUCCGACCAGGGGAGCAUUUUGUGGAGGAUGUCACUGACACACUCAAACGCUUCUUUCGUGAGCUCGAUGACCCUGUGACCUCUGCACGGUUGCUGCCUCGCUGGAGGGAGGCUGCUGAGCUGCCCCAGAAGAAUCAGCGCCUGCAGAAAUAUAAAGAUGUGAUUGGCUGCCUGCCGCGGGUCAACCGCCGCACACUGGCCACCCUCAUUGGGCAUCUCUAUCGGGUGCAGAAAUGUGCGGCUCUAAACCAGAUGUGCACGCGGAACCUGGCUCUGCUGUUUGCGCCCAGUGUGUUCCAGACGGAUGGGCGGGGGGAACAUGAGGUUCGGGUGCUGCAGGAGCUCAUUGACGGCUACAUCUCUGUCUUCGAUAUCGAUUCUGACCAGGUAGCUCAGAUUGACUUGGAGGUCAGUCUUAUCACCACCUGGAAGGAUGUGCAGCUGUCUCAGGCUGGAGACCUCAUCAUGGAAGUUUAUAUAGAACAGCAGCUCCCAGACAACUGUGUCACCCUGAAGGUGUCCCCAACCCUGACUGCUGAGGAGCUGACUAACCAGGUACUGGAGAUGCGGGGGACAGCAGCUGGGAUGGACUUGUGGGUGACUUUUGAGAUUCGUGAGCAUGGGGAGUUGGAGCGGCCACUGCAUCCCAAGGAAAAGGUCUUAGAGCAGGCCUUACAAUGGUGCCAGCUCCCAGAGCCCUGCUCAGCCUCCCUGCUCUUGAAAAAAGUCCCCCUGGCCCAAGCCGGCUGCCUCUUCACAGGUAUCCGACGUGAGAGCCCACGGGUGGGGCUGUUGCGGUGUCGUGAGGAGCCACCCCGCUUGCUGGGAAGCCGCUUCCAGGAGAGGUUCUUUCUGCUGCGUGGCCGCUGCCUGCUGCUACUCAAGGAGAAGAAAAGCUCUAAACCAGAACGGGAGUGGCCUUUGGAAGGUGCCAAAGUCUUCCUGGGAAUCCGCAAGAAGUUAAAGCCCCCAACACCGUGGGGCUUCACAUUGAUACUGGAGAAGAUGCACCUCUACUUGUCCUGCACUGACGAGGAUGAGAUGUGGGAUUGGACCACCAGCAUCCUUAAAGCCCAGCACGAUGACCAGCAGCCAGUGGUCUUACGACGCCGUUCCUCCUCCGACCUUGCCCGUCAGAAGUUUGGCACUAUGCCUCUGCUGCCUAUCCGUGGGGAUGACAGUGGAGCCACCCUCCUCUCUGCCAAUCAGACCCUGCGGCAACUACACAACCGGAGGACCCUGUCCAUGUUCUUUCCGAUGAAGUCAUCCCAGGGGUCUGUGGAGGAGCAAGAGGAGCUGAAGGAGCCUGUGUAUGAGGAGCCGGUGUAUGAAGAAGUAGGGGCCUUCCCUGAGUUGACCCAGGACACUUCUACCUCUUUCUCCACCACACGGGAGUGGACAGUGAAGCCAGAGAACCCCCUUACCAGCCAGAAGUCCUUGGAUCAACCCUUUCUGUCCAAGUCAAGCACCCUGGGCCAGGAGGAGAGGCUACCUGAGGCCCCUCCGGGCCCCCUUUCAAAGAGCAGUCCCCAGGCACGGGGGUCCCUGGAGGAACAGCUGCUCCAGGAGCUCAGCAGCCUUAUCCUGAGGAAAGGAGAGACCACUGCAGGCCUGGGAAGUCCUUCCCAGCCAUCCAGCCCCCAAUCCCCCAGUCCCACUGGCCUUCCAACACAGACACCUGGCUUCCCCACCCAACCCCCCUGCACUUCUAGUCCACCCUCCAGCCAUCCCCUCACAUGACCCUAGGACCAGCAGUCUAAGAGGAUAGGUACCAGAAGACCCAGAAGCUCUUAUCAUGGCACUGUUGCAGCUUCCUCUGGCCCGGCUGGAAAGACUCCAGAAUCCAGUGUGGUGCUGUGGAAGGAGCAUUGGACUGAAGGCUUCAGUGGCUGUGUGUCCCAGGACAGGUCAUGGCUCCUCUCUGGGCCCAGCCCAUUUAUCUGUACCAUGAGGUAACUGAAGUAAGGAGAGCAGUGAAUGUCAAACUGUUUGUCAGAGCCAUAAGCCUCACAUAUUUUCCCUCAACAAGGGCAGCUCCUGCUUUAUAUAUUUGAUAUGUAGGGGUUCUGUGAGAGAUUUUGGGUUUUAAAGGAAUGGUUUUAUUGCAUUAAAGAAAAAAAUGCUUUGGAAACCAGAGGCCUGGAUGAUGUUAAAGUCUAUCCUGUCCCACUUCCUACAUUCUGGGACUACAGUGAAGCCUGGAGUAGGGAGACUGAGUUUGGGGGCUGGGACCAGGGAAGUCAAAAAUAGAUGAGUAAUUGUCAAUAAACCUUGGAACCAAA